AUGGAAGUUGAACUCAACCAAAUAACAACUUCUUGUGGCCAAAUGAGCCUUCUUUAUGAGGCCGCAUAUAGUGGAGAUGUCUCUACGCUCAAUUCAUUGAUACAACAACGCCCACGUAUCUUGCACAACAUCUCACAAACCACCUUCACUGAAACUCCUUUACACAUAUCAUCUUUGCUUGGCCAUCUUCAAUUCACAAAGGAACUGAUCACUCUCAAACCUAAUCUAGCCAUUGAGGUGGAUUCCUCUCAGAGAACAGCCCUCCACUUAGCUUCUGCAGAGGGUCACAUCCACGUCGUUAAGGAACUGAUUAAAGUAAACAAUGAAGCAUGCUUGAAACCUGAUGAAGAAGGAAGAAUUCCUCUGCACUAUGCAGCUAUGAGAGGCAGAACAAAGGUUGUGCAAGAGUUGAUCAAAGCGAAGCCUGAAUCUCUGAGUUUUCGUGACAAUGGAAAAACUGUUUUUCACCUUUGUGUCACAUACAACCAUUUAGAGACUCUCACAGCUUUGGUGGAAUUGGAGUCUGCCAUCACUGGCCAGCUUUUCAACUUUACAAGCUCUGAUAAUUCUGGAAACACCGUUCUCCAUUUAGCUGUCAUGUUGAAGCGACUUGAGGCUAUAAGGUAUCUUGUGCCGAUUCCGAAGAUCAGAGAAGUUGGAAGCCUGAAGAAUAAGGUUGGUUUAACAGUUGAAGAUAUCAUAGAACACAGUCCAAAAGACUUCAAAAUCUGUGAAAUACAGCUCAUGUUGACGAAGAAGACCGACAAGAAUGGAUUUGAGACUACUCAUCCACACACACCACCAGAUGCUAUUGACUAUCCAAUAGCAAGAUCCCGAAACGAUAAUUAUUGUAUUACGAUGUUGAAGUGCAUUGGGGUGUGUUUUAUGAGGAUUGGAAACUGGUUUGAACACAAGGGUGAUUGGUUAGAAGAGAUAAGGGGAAAUCUGAGUCUAGUGUCUACUGUGACAUCAACUAUAACCUUUCAAUCUUUGGUUAAUCCACCUGGUGGCUUCAUUCAACAAGGCUUAUCUCCUAAUAACAACAUGCCAUCAUCAUUCCAUGAUUCUCUCGACUGCACCAAACUUAAAGAUAAGACUUUUUGUCCUGGACAGGCAAUCUCGUCCUUUCAUUCCCCAGGAUGUUUUGAGUGUUUUGUAAUCUUCAAUACCGUCUCCUUCAUGUCAUCACUUGGUGUCACUGUUUUGCUUGUGAGUGGGGUUCCUCUGAAGAACAAAGUCGUCAUACGGAUCCUAUCACUGGGCAUGUGUUGCACCAUUUAUUUCCUUGCAUGUGCAUACGUUGUUGCUCUCCACAUUGUGGUCCCAGGCCAUCUUUCGUAUCAUACAAUAACUUCGAUCCCAUACGGAGCAUCAGCCAUGAUGUUUUUUGCAUUGUGUCUGCUAACUGCAGUGGUAUUCCAUUUACUGCGCAUAUUCAUUUGGGUUGUGAAAAAGUGUGUGAGGAUAAUCAAAGAACAUGUCUAG